CAGAGGAGGGAGAGAGAAGGAGAGAGAGAGAGAGUGUGUGUGAGUGUGUGUGGGUGAGUGUGUGUGUGAGAGAGAGAGAGAGAGAGAGAGAGAGAGAGAGAGAGAGACAUCGUGGAGGGAACAAGGGACCAAGCUGUACAGUGAAAGAAAUUCUCUGGGAGUGUGAGGACGGAGUGACCUGCUGCUGAGGAGCUGAACAACUUUUAUUUACAGUUCUAGUGUUCAUACAUCACCUUCAGGAUGAAGACUUUACUCGCAGCAUACUCAGGAGUUAAAAAGGGUUCGGGUUCUUGGUUCCUCUCGGCUCUGCAUGAUUUGCCCUCAGCUCCAUGGCUCUCCAGAUCCAAACUGGUGAAGCAGCUGCAGGCCAUCUCCGUCCUACAGUUCGUCCUCUCCUUCCUCGCUUUGGGCAUUGCUGCCACGGUGCUGCUGCUCUACCUGUUGUGCACAGACUGCUGGGUAAUCUCCGCCGUUUACAUUGCCUGGCUCAUCUUUGACUGGAACACACCUAAACAAGGUGGCCGCAGAUCGGCGUGGGUGAGGAACUGGACCGUCUGGACGUAUUUCAGAGAUUAUUUUCCUGUCACACUCAUCAAGACCCAUAACUUACCUCCCAACCGUAACUACAUCUUCGGUUACCAUCCUCACGGCAUCUUCUGCUUCGGAGCGUUCUGUAAUUUCUCCACGGAGGCCACCGGAUUCUCCAAGAAAUUCCCCGGGAUCAAGCCGUCCCUCGCCACGCUGGCCGGAAACUUCCGCUUACCCCUGCUGAGGGAUUAUUUAAUGUCUGGAGGUAUUUGUCCGGUGAAUCGGAACUCCAUCGAUUACCUCCUGUCCUGUAACGGGACGGGGAACGCAGUGGUCAUCGUGGUGGGCGGAGCUGCUGAGUCUCUCAACUGCACCCCGGGAAUUAACUCCGUCACCCUGAGAAACCGCAAAGGCUUCAUCAAACUCGCACUGCAGAAAGGAGCGGACCUGGUGCCCGUGUACUCGUUCGGGGAGAACGAGUCGUAUAAGCAGGUGAUAUUUGAUGAGGGUUCGAGGUGGCGCUGGGUUCAGAGGAAGCUGCAGAAGCUGCUGGGUUUCGCUCCCUGCAUCUUCCACGGCUGUGGAUUUUUCUUCACCGAGUCGUGGGGCAUCGUCCCGUACGGAAAACCCAUCAACACCGUCGUUGGAGAACCAAUCACAGUGCCCAAGCUCGAGGAGCCAACUCCGGACGUGGUGGAAAUGUACCACACCAUGUACAUCAAAUCUCUCACCACUCUGUUCGAUAAAUACAAGACACGCUUCGGCCUGAAAGAGUCCGACGUCCUCCUCAUCGACUGAAGAAGAAGAAGAAGAAAAAGAAGAAGGUAUUUUUCCUUUUAAAAACAAAAACACCCAAACCCCCAGUGUUUAAUAUUUUCCCAUCACAUAAACACACACCACACCACCGAAACCUGAAGCCAUAUAAACGAGGAUCACAGCUGUGUUCCAAUUCUGUCUUAUUCCCUUCUGCUUUGUCACUUCCUCUUGUCCCAAAACCCUCAAACCCUCAAGAACAAGGAUAUUUUCAUGAACCUUUUUUUUUUUUUUGGAAGUUAGAAUAAUAAACUACAGCCUCCUCUCCCCUCCUGCUGUGCCAGUAUCCCACAACCUUGAUUUACAUAUUGAAACCUGAUUGGCUCUUAUAUUAGAUGAUGUAAUAAGUCUCGCUUGCCUUCAGAUUUUUGUGUCAAGAGGUUUGUUGGCAGAAACAGUGCAAAACAGUUAACAUGUUCAAACUGAGCAUCUGCACACACAAAUUUAGGGCCUUUCUUAUACCUUAAUCAGCUCCAGUGGUUAUAUAAGUGUUAUCUGAGCGUUAGAUGAGCGUUAUAUGACCGUUAGAUGAGCGUUAGAUGAGCGUUAUAUGAGCGUUAGAUGACCGUUAUAUGAGCAUUAGAUGAGCUUUAUCUGAGCGUUAUCUGAGCAUUAGAUGAGCAUUAUCUGAGCGUUAGAUAAGUGUUAUAUGAGCGUUAGAUGACUAUUAUAUGAGCAUUAUCUGAGCAUUAGAUGAGCCUUAGAUGAGCUUUAUCUGAGCGUUAUCUGAGCGCUAUCUAAGCAUUAGAUGAGCAUUAUCUGAGCAUUAGAUGAGCUUUAGAUGAGCGUUAUCUGAGCGUUGUUUGAGCGCUAUCUGAGUGUUAGAUGAGGGUUAUCUGAGCAUUAUCUGAGCAUUAGAUAAGCGAUAUCUGAGCGUUAGAUGAGAGUUAUCUGAGCGUUAGAUGACCGUUAUAUGAGUGUUAUCUGAGCAUUAGAUGAGCGUUAUCUGAGCAUUAUCUGAGCGUUAGAUAAGCGAUAUCUGAGCGUUAUAUGAGAGUUAUCUGAGCGUUAGAUGACCGUUAUAUGAGUGUUAUCUGAGCAUUAGAUGAGCGUUAUCUGAGCAUUAUCUGAGGGUUAGAUAAGCGAUAUCUGAGCGUUAUAUGAGAGUUAUCUGAGCGUUAGAUGAGCAUUUAUCUGAGCAUUAGAUGAGCGCGAUCUGAGCGUUAGUUGAGCGUUAUAUGAGCGUUAGAUUAGCAUUAUCUGAGCGUUAGAUGAGCGUCAUAUGAGUGUUAGAUGAGUGAUUGAGUCACUGUAGACCUGAGAGUGCCUAUGUAGUGCACUCAUAUAAGAAGUAGUGAACUAAAUCCAAAAUAUAAUAUACACUACACAGUGUGCAGAAGUGAAAUAUUCAUGCAGCCUGGUUGGGUGCUCUUUGAUUAGGGGUAGUGUACAAGUUGAAAACAUUAUUGUAACACAGCGAUAAUCAUAUGAAGAUAUGAUACGAUAAUCAAACUGAAGAUCAGAUGUAAAAUGUUUUUGGGGUGAAUUUUUUGUCUCUCUGAUUGUAAAACCAGGUUUAUUUGAUCCCUUAAGUUAUUAGUGUUAUUAUUAUUAUUUUUUUUCAAUGGUCUUUAUGUUUUUGUUUCAUUUUCCUUUUGCACAAGCAAUGCAAUAUAAGAGACAGACACAGCUGUAGCCAGAGACACAGACUGGAUUGUGUUUGAGCAGGAAACAGGAAGUGAUUUUGGUUAUAAUCAGUGCACACAUAGAAAUGUGAAAUAAACAGAAAGCUGAGAUUUUCUUGUGAAGGGGAAACACAGGGUAAUGUGAAGAUUAUCACCGGCUGAUCGUAUCUGUGUAACGUCUGAAUGAACAUGUUCACGUGUAAUUGUGUAAUUGUUGAAUAGAGGGUUUAUUGUAUUAUAACGUGCCGCUAAAGUGUUAAUAAAAUAUGCAUCUCAUACACACACACACACACACACACACACACACACACACACACACACACACACACACACACACAGGCUGUGCAGGAAAGUAAAAGAAAGUAUACAAGGAUGCCUUUUGCUUAUUAAUUGUAAUGAGAUCUUCACUAUCUCUAAUAAUGAUUAUAUUUUAUGCUUAAAUGUUAUAAAUAUGUAAAGUGUAAAGUUGAGCAAUUGUUUCUGUGAAUCAGUUGAUUCUCCCGGUUUGUCUGUGUCACUCACACUGAGCUGAUUCUUACAAUCAAAAUUUUGUAUGUUUUUGGAAUAAAAAUAAAACAUGUAAAACUGU